AUCCCUUAACCCACCAGAAAAACACAAGGCGACCUGCACUAGACCAUUAGAAGAACCUUUUUUGCCCAUGGCCGGAGUCCCUGACUCCCUGCUGCGGCUGGGGCAAGCGGCUAGGGUUCUGCCGGUUCUUCAAACGCGCGUGACAUUGACCUGUACCAUCUCCCGCUUCUUUAUCCUACUCCCACCCUCUCCGAUGAUUUACAUGCCGCGCCUUUGCGGGGCAGGAAAGCAGACGGAUCAACACGCUUCCUCAGCGCCAUACGCACACACAGGGGACAGAGGUCCUCUCGCUGCCAUUUCUCUAAUCGCAUGCACAUCACGUUCUCGCGUGGAGGAUAUGUCUUGCCUUGCAUUCGCCAUUGCGGAUUGCAGGCAGAGGGAGGCAGCUGAGGAUUAAUUCAGGCUGCCUCUGGCUGCUCGUCUGCUCGCUCGCCUGUCCGCUUCAAAAUUGACGCCCGUGACCUUUGGUAAAAGCGAGAGCUUUCUUCUUAGCAUUAUCCGCUGGGAAAUAAAGAGAGUGCGGGAGACAGUUGGAGGCCGUUCGGUUGCUGGAUCGUUUGACAAGGUUCUUGAAGGUUGCUGAUUCUGCAAGGUGCGACUCGAAUUUUCUUGCGCAGCCUAGCUAGCUAGGCGAGGGCGGCCAAUGGGUUCCUGCGUGUCGUCGACGAGGCACCGGCGGCGGCCGAGGAAGCUGUCGGUCGCGGCGAGGAAGAUCCGGCGGAAGGUGUGCACGGCGAUCGCCGACGCGCCCAUCAUCUGCGGCGCGGCGAGCUGCCUCGCCCGGCACGGGGUCGUCCACGUGGAGGCGCCGGACUCCAGCGUCACCCUGCACCUCACCAAGCUGCAGUGGCAGCGCAGCCAGACGGACGCCGGGAACGUGAUUUGCGAGGAAGCAUGGUACGAUUCUGUCAGCAUCCUGGAGUCACCGGACUCCGACGACGAUCUCGACAACGAUUUCGCUAGCGUCAGCGGAGACCCUCUCCCUGAUGUCACCGGCGGCUCAAAUGCACAACAGUGCAAGGACGCGGCGUGCUUCUUGGACACCAUGCAGCUCCUCAGGAGCAUUGCAAACGCGGAAGCCUGUGACCGAAGGGAACAGCCUGACAAGAGCGAUGACUCGAACGGCGAGGAGUGCUGCAGUAGCAGCACACUGAAGGAGCUUCAGGCCGCAAUGUCGCCGCGGCCGUUCCCGGCGUCGAUUCCGAGCAACAAGGUCCAGCCGAUGCCGAUCGCUGGUGCCAGCCCGCACCAGCAGCAGCAGAAGAAGAAAACGGCCGUGGUCAGGCUCUCGUUCAGGACAAGGUCAUACGAGGGCGACGAGAUGACCGAAACGAGUGGUUCUGCGAAUUACUUGUACCGCCCAAGGGCAGGUUUCACGGUGCCGUGUUGUUCCACGGGCGAGAAGCUGUCGGAAGGUUGCUGGUCGGUUCUUGAGCCAUCGACGUUCAGGGUCCGAGGGGAGAGCUUCUUCAAAGACAAGAGGAAAUACCCGGCCCCAGACUGCUCCCCUUACACCCCCAUUGGAGCAGACAUGUUCGCCUACACGAGAAAGAUUCAUCACAUUGCGCAGCACCUCUCGCUUCCGUCUCUCAAGACACACGAAGCCUUUCCUACCCUCCUCAUUGUGAACAUUCAGCUGCCCACAUACCCUGCUACAGUGUUUGGCGACAACGACGGCGACGGGAUAAGCCUAGUUCUGUAUUUCAAGUUAUCUGACAGUUUUGACAAGGAGAUCUCUCCUCAAUUGCAGGACAGCAUCAAGAGGCUUAUGAAUGAUGAGAUGGAAAAGGUGAAGGGAUUUGCAGUAGACAGCAUUGUGCCCUACACAGAGAGGCUGAAAAUCCUGGCUGGUCUGGCAAACCCUGAAGACCUGCAGCUGAGCACGGCAGAGAGGAAGCUCGUGCAGACUUACAAUCAGAAGCCUGUGCUAUCUCGCCCACAACACAAAUUCUACAAGGGCCCAAAUUACUUUGAGAUCGAUCUCGAUGUGCAUCGGUUCAGCUUCAUAUCGCGGAAAGGGCUCGAGACAUUACGGGAGCGGCUCAGGCAUGGCGUUCUUGAUCUUGGUCUAACUAUUCAGGCACAAAAGGCUGAGGAGCUGCCAGAGCAUGUCUUGUGCUGCAUGAGGCUGAACAAGAUCGACUUCGCCGACAACGGGCAUAUACCGACGCUGAUAACUGCAGCUGACGAGUAAAUCUGUCGUGUUACUGUAGGGCACUAACUUUCAGGAAAAAGCAAAAGAGACUAGAGUGUGGUUCGUAGAUGUUCUUGAGAUGCUGUUGUAUAGAGCGGCAGAUAGUUGUAGGAACUAACUCAAGUUUGAGAUGCUGUUGUAUAGAGCGGCAAAUACUUGUUGAUCGUUGCUCCAAAAGAGGAGGGGGGAAAAAGACAUUGCAGCAGGCUGCAUUCUGAACUCUGAAGAAGUGAAGAUGUAUAUGCAUGCCUGUGUUUUCUUUUCUUUUUUUUGAAACGGAAUACAUGUCUGUGUUUUCAAUUCGUAUAUGCACAUAGUACGCAAUAUCUUGGUUUA